UAUCCUUACAUUACUUUAUCAUUGAGUGAAGGUUAGAAGUUACAUCUAUCUGUCUUUAUCUUCUACAGCUUAAGCUAUUUAGUUUGUCUUAACGUACAAGAUAAUUAGAAGAGUAGACGUAGACGUUGAUAAUUGUUUGGUAGACCCUUAAGAAUCUUAGGUGUAUCUCUUUAGUUUGAAGGUGAAGUCCUUGGUAUGGAUAUGAAGAAGCAGAUUAUGGAUGAGUCUGAGAACUUGUGCUUCAAGAAGUCCUUGACGCCGCCUCCUCCUCCUCCUCCACCGCUUCCUCCAUCUCCAGGAUAUGGAUCAAGAAAGAUCGAGGGAGACAGCAUAACCAAUAAACAGAUCAAGAAGUUCUGGAGGCAGAAGCAGAUCAUUGAAGAGGAGCAUCUCUUUGCUGCUAUUAAGGCUGCAGCUCGUGUCAGAGCCCGUAAUCUCUCUGAUGAGGACUACAAACGCUUUGAAGAAAGCUUGGACAUGGAGGAUCCAGAAACCGAAGUUCACGAGGGAAUUAAAGACUGGUGGAUGAAGAGUAAGUACGCGUACUUGAACCAGCCUGCUCUUGGAUCUGCAGAUUCACUCAAGAGAAAGAGGUUUUCGUCUUAUGUACCAAACUAUUUCUCAUUCAAGCCUUGCAUUCCUCUCUAUGCAACUUCGCUUAAUGUCUUUUAACUAUGUGCAAAUUGUCUUGCGUAUAUGUCUACAUAUGUGUGUGUGUGUUUGUGUCUUUGUACAUUCAUGUGUAAUUGUGUUCCGUGUUAAUGGAUCUGGACUUUGGUGUGUGGUUGUUUGGUUUGUAAGUGUUGAAUAAAAUUCAAUCUUACUAUGGAACAUUAGUUUCUUGUUCCGUAGAUAAUAAGGUUAUAUUGUA